GGCGAACAGCUGCAGAUCAACCAGCCUGAGGUGUACGACUGCGACGUCCCAGAGUCCUUUGUGUCUUCGGUGCCGGCGCUGGCCGCCGUCUGCAACAAAAAGCAUCGCUCCCCACGUUUUCAAACUGUGUCGAACCGCAGCGUGACCCUGACCUCCAGGGGCGGCACCCACUUCAUCAGCUUUGCCAAAGGAGCCUCGUUUGACGACGACCUGUACCACGCGUGGGUGGCCCCCGCCCUCAGCUCGGACCUCCUGGUUCAGUUCUGGGUCCGCUCCAGGGGCGUCCUCCCCUCCAACUGCUCGCUGGGCUGGAAGGUCCUGGACAUCACGCUCAUCAACCCGGGCCAGACCUUCUCCUUCAAGAACACCCAGGACCACUCCAAGUGGGCGGUCAGCCCCAAGGCGGGGGCGGGGGGAGGCUGGGUGUGCGUGGGGGACAUCAACAGGAACGAGGCGGAGGAGAAGCGCGGCGGAGGAACCGUGUGUCUGCAGGAUCCGGUGGUGUGGAAGGCGUACCGGGCCGCAGCGCUGCAGUGUGAGGCCUGUGGUGGGGGGACAGUUAAAUGCUUUUAA